AAGUGGACAGUGUGACGUGGAUAUGCACUUUCUACCGAAGCUGCACUAUUCUGCCUGACAGGGACUGCCACUGUGUUAUUUUAUCAAAGAUGUUGAAGGCGGUUAUUUUAAUUGGAGGUCCCCAAAAAGGGACACGGUUCAGGCCGCUUUCAUUUGAGGUUCCUAAGCCUUUGUUUCCAGUGGCCGGGGUGCCUAUGCUGCAGCAUCACAUUGAAGCAUGCGCCAAGGUACCAAAUAUGAAGGAGAUCCUGCUUAUUGGCUUUUAUCAGCCAAACGAAGAGCUGACGAGGUUCUUGUUCACUUCCCAGCAGGAAUUCAAAAUCACCAUAAGGUACCUGCAGGAGUACGCAGCGCUGGGCACUGGCGGGGGCCUGUACCACUUCAGAGACCAGAUCCUGUCGGGCGGCCCCCAGGCCUUCUUCGUCUUGAACGCGGACGUGUGCUCGGAGUUCCCCCUGCCCGAGAUGCUGGCCUUCCACCAGGAGCACGGAGACCCCAGCAGCCUGGUCAUCCUGGGAACGACGGCAAACAGGACGCAGUCGCUCAACUACGGCUGUAUUGUUGAAAACCAGGAAACCAAUGAGGUCCUGCACUACGUGGAGAAGCCCGGCACGUUUGUGAGCGACAUCAUCAACUGCGGCAUCUACCUGUUCACGCCCGAUAUCUUCCAGCACAUCGCCGGCGUCUUCCAGAAGAACCAGCAGGACAUUCUGUUGUAUCCGUAUGACGGAGAGGAGCCGGCCAACGGCUGGCACCGGGCCGCCGCCAUCCGCCUGGAGCAGGACAUCUUCACGGCUCUGGCCGGGCAGGGCAAGCUGUACGUGUACAAAACCCUCAGCUUCUGGAGCCAGAUCAAGUCAGCCGGGUCCGCCAUCUAUGCCAGCCGGCUCUACCUCAACCGCUACCACAUAACCCACCCAGAGAGACUGGCCUGCAACCAGGAUGGAGGGCCCAAAAUAAGCGGUACCGUCUACAUUCAUCCAACGGCCAAUAUUGACCCUUCUGCUGUGCUUGGUCCCAACGUGUCCAUCGGGACGGGGGUGACCAUCGGUGCCGGAGUGAGGGUUAGAGAGUCCAUCAUCCUGCACGGAGCCUCACUACAGGAUCAUUGCUGUGUUUUGAACUGCAUCGUUGGAUGGGACAGCACCAUUGGAAAGUGGGCGAGAGUGGAGGGAACCCCGAGUGACCCCAACCCAAAUGACCCCUACGCAAAGAUAGACAGCGAGACGCUCUUCAGAGACAGCAAGCUAACGCCAUCCAUCACCAUCCUGGGCUGCAACGUGACUAUACCGUCAGAAGUGAUCAUCCUGAACUCCAUUGUCCUCCCGCACAAAGACCUGAACCGCAGCUUCAAGAAUCAAAUCAUUCUCUAGUUCAUCUUCCGCCUGCCGCACCCACCGAGUGUCACGAUGAAGGAUAAAGAACGUGCCGGCCCUGAACGCCGAGUUACUGUAUAUAGCAUGUCACAACGGUAGAGGUAUGGGACAUUUAUUAAGUGGGUCGUAUGAUAGAUUUUUAUAGAUAUAUAUAUUUGUGAAGCCUCAAGUGUCAGCAAAGAGUACAGCAGUGAAAUCAUGCAUAGUGAUUCACCUUGAAGUGAUGCCAGAACUUUAUAUUAGGAUAGGAUGACGUUUGUUAGUCUUUUAAAAUAACAGCACACAGCCAUGUAAUAUAUUUGACUGGAUGAUAGAUGGAAUUGAGACAUUGGACAAGCAAGGGUGACUUGACGACGGUUUGGGAACUUGCCAAAUUCAAAGCCUUUUGUAAUAAUUAAAUAAAAAGCAAAGUAUUGUUGGUAACUUGUGUCCUCAUUACAAGUUCA